CCGGCGCCCAUGGCGCUGAGCAAAGGGCUGCGGCUGCUCGGGCGGCUGGACCCCGCGGGGGAGAGCAGCGUCCUGCUGGAGGCGCGAGGCCGCGGGGACUGCCUGCUCUUCGAGGCCGGCACCGUGGCCACGCUCGCUCCGGAAGAGAAGGACGUCAUUAAAGGCCAGUAUGGAAAGCUCACGGAUGCUUAUGGCUGCCUGGGGGAGCUCAGGUUAAAAUCUGGUGGUGCCUCUCUGGGCUUCCUGGUUUUGGUGACAGGCUGCACGUCAGUGGGCAGAAUCCCAGAGGCUGAAAUCUACAAAAUCACGGCCACCGACUUUUACCCUCUCCAGGGGGAGGCCAAGGAGGAGGACCGCCUCACAGCCUUGAGGAAAAUCCUCAACUCGGGGGUCUUCUACUUCUCGUGGCCCAAUGAUGGGUCUAGCUUCGACCUCACCGUCCGGGCGCAGAAGCAGGGCCAGGACAGCGACGAGUGGGGGAGCUCCUUCUUUUGGAACCAGCUGCUGCACGUGCCCCUGCGGCAGCACCAGGUGAGGUGCUGUGACUGGCUGCUGAAGGUCAUCUGCGGUGUGGUGUCCAUCCGCACGGUGUACGCCUCGCACAAGCAGGCCAAGGCCUGCCUCGUCUCCCGCAUCAGCUGCGAGCGCGCCGGCGCUCGCUUCCACACCCGCGGCGUGAACGACGACGGCCAUGUGUCCAACUUCGUGGAGACAGAGCAGACGAUUUACAUGGAUGAUGGAGUGUCGUCUUUUGUCCAGAUCAGAGGCUCCGUUCCGCUGUUUUGGGAGCAGCCAGGGCUUCAGGUUGGCUCUCAUCAUCUGAGACUCAACAGAGGCCUGGAAGCCAACGCCCCUGCUUUCGACAGGCACAUGGUGCUUCUGAAGGAGCAGUAUGGGAAGCAAGUGGUCGUGAACCUGCUGGGGAGCAGAGGCGGAGAGGAGGUGCUCAACCGAGCCUUCAAGAAGUUGCUCUGGGCUUCUUGCCACGCCGGCGACACGCCUAUGAUAAACUUUGACUUCCAUCAACUUGCCAAAGGCGGGAAGCUAGAGAAGUUGGAGAACCUGCUGAGGCCCCAGCUGAAGCUCCACUGGGAUGACUUUGAUGUGUUCACCAAGGGCGAGAAUGUAAGUCCACGUCUUCAGAAAGGCACUUUGCGGAUGAACUGUCUUGAUUGUCUGGACCGAACAAACACCGUGCAGAGCUUUAUUGCACUCGAGGUCCUUCAUCUGCAGCUCGAGAGCCUAGGGCUGAAUUCAAAGCCCAUUGCUGACCGCUUCGUGGAGUCCUUCAAAGCCAUGUGGUCUCUGAAUGGGCACAGCCUGAGCAAGAUGUUCACGGGCAGCCGGGCCCUGGAAGGGAAAGCCAAGGUGGGGAAGCUGAAGGAUGGGGCCCGGUCCGUAUCUCGCACUAUCCAGUCCAACUUCUUCGAAGGGGUGAAGCAGGAGGCCAUCAAGCUGCUGCUGGUGGGGGAUGUCUACACGGAGGAGUCUGCAGACAAAGGAAGGGUGCUCCUGGACAACACGGCCCUGCUGGUGACCCCCAGGAUCCUGAGAGCCAUGGCAGAGCGCCAGUCGGAAUUCACACAUUUCAAACGGAUCCGUGUCGCCAUGGGGACCUGGAAUGUGAACGGGGGAAAGCAGUUCCGGAGCAACCUCCUCGGGGCGGCCGAGCUGGCCGACUGGCUGCUGGACUCCCCCAAGUGCUCGGGCCUGGCGGGCUCCCACGAGGAUGACAGCCCAGCUGACAUAUUUGCCGUGGGGUUUGAAGAGAUGGUGGAACUGAGCGCAGGGAAUAUCGUCAAUGCCAGUACCACCAACAGGAAGAUGUGGGGUGAGCAGCUCCAGAAAGCCAUCUCACGCUCUCAUAGGUACAUUCUCUUGACUUCGGCACAGCUGGUGGGCGUCUGUCUGUAUAUCUUUGUACGUCCAUACCAUGUCCCAUUCAUCAGGGACGUGGCGAUCGACACAGUGAAGACGGGCAUGGGAGGGAAGGCGGGGAACAAGGGCGCCGUGGGCAUCCGCUUUCAGUUCCACAGCACCAGCCUCUGCUUCGUGUGCAGCCACCUGACGGCUGGGCAGUCCCAGGUGAAGGAGAGGAACGAAGACUACAGGGAGAUCACCCAGAAGCUCAGUUUCCCGAUGGGAAGAAACAUUUUCUCUCACGAUUAUGUGUUCUGGUGCGGCGAUUUCAACUACCGCAUCGAUCUCACCUACGAAGAAGUCUUCUAUUUUGUCAAACGCCAAGAUUGGAAGAAACUUCUGGAGUUUGAUCAGCUACAGCUGCAGAAGUCAAGUGGAAAAAUUUUUAAAGACUUCCACGAAGGCACCAUUGAUUUUGGACCUACUUACAAGUACGACGUUGGCUCGGCCGCCUAUGACACGAGCGACAAGUGCCGCACCCCUGCCUGGACGGACAGGGUCCUGUGGUGGAGGAAGAGGCACCCUUUUGACAGAACAGCUGGAGAUCUCAACCUGCUAGACAACGACGUGGAUGCCGACAGCAUGGUCAGACAUUCCUGGUCUCCAGGCGCCCUCAAGUACUACGGCCGAGCGGAACUGCAGGCAUCCGACCACAGACCCGUGCUGGCGAUCGUGGAGGUGGAAGUGCAAGAAGUCGACGUGGGUGCUCGGGAGAAGGUGUUCCAGGAAGUGUCCUCUAUCCAGGGCCCCCUGGAUGCCACCGUCAUAGUCAACCUUCAGUCACCAACCUUAGAAGAGAAAAACGAGUUUCCUGAGGAUGUGCGCACAGAGCUGAUGCAGACUUUGGGCAAUUACGGGACCAUUGUUCUGGUCAGGAUCAACCAAGGGCAGAUGCUGGUGACUUUUGCGGACAGUCACUCGGCUCUCAGCGUCCUGGAUGUGGACGGUAUGAAGGUGAAGGGCAGAGCGGUGAAGAUCAGACCAAAGACCAAGGACUGGCUGAAAGGUUGGCAGGAGGAGAUCAUCCGGAAGCGGGACAGCAUGGCGUCCGUGUCUCCAACCGCCAAUUCCUGCUUGCUGGAGGAAAACUUUGACUUCACCAGUCUGGACUAUGAGUCAGAGGGGGACAUUCUUGAAGAUGACGAAGACUAUCUGGUGGAUGAGCUAUGUCAGCCCGUGGUCUCAGACGGUGAGAUGUCAGGAGACAGCCCUUCCGAAGUCCCCGGCUACGCAGCUGCAGUGUCUGCCAGCAGGUCACCGGGACUCAAUAAAAAGAAGCAGCACCCGACCUACAAAGAUGAUGCCGACCUGGCGGAGCUCACGCAGGAGCUGGAAGCAGUCGGGGACUUGCGCCACCGUUCUCCAAGCAGGUCUCUGUCGGUCCCCACGAGGCCUCGGCCUCCUCACCCGCCGCAGAGACCCCCCCCUCCAACUGGUUUAAUGGUGAAAAAGUCAGCUUCGGACGUGUCCAUCUCCUCCGGCACCCACGGGCAGUACUCGAUUUUGCAGACGGCAAAACUGCUACCCGGAGCGCCCCAGCACGCGCCCAAAGCCAGGACGGGGAUAAGUAAACCCUACAAUGUCAAGCAGAUCAAAACCACCAAUGCCCAGGAGGCAGAAGCAGCUAUCCGAUGUCUGCUGGAAGCCAGAGGGGGCGUCCCCGGAGAAGCCCUAAAUGCCACAGCCCUGAGGGACCAAGGGGCUUCCAAACCAGAGCCCCCCGUGGCGGUGGCCCCGCUCUUGCCCCGUCGGCCCGCACCCAGGGCUCCUGCCAUCAAGAAGCCAACCUUGCGGAGGACAGGAAAGCCCGAGUCGCCAGAAGAACAGUGUGGGCAACAAACUGUCCAUUUUACCAUCGGGCCCCCGGAGACCAGCCUGGAAACCCCUCCUCUAGCAGCCGUCCCUCCUGUCCCCAAACCCAGAACACUUCAGCCCGGGAAGGAGACCGAGAGGAGGCCCAGCAGGGGGAAGCCGGCGCCCGAUGCCGCCCCUCCUGCGGCUGGAGCCGCCCCGCCGCCCCCUCUGGAGGCUCUACCCCCUGUGCCCCAGGCCCCCCCGAGGAGGAAGAAGUCGGCCCCCGCGGCCUUCCACCUGCAGGUGCUCCAGAGCAACAGCCAGCUUCUCCAGGGCCUCACGUGCAGCAGCAGUGACAGUCCCCAGGCACCCCCGCCUGACCAGGGCAUGUGUUUUCCCCAGCCGGCUUGUCCUGGCCCUUCGCCUGCUGCAGGCAGCCAGGCGGAUGGCACCAAGGAGACGCAGCCAGAGGCCACCUCCCUUCUUGGUGAUUACCAGGAUCCCUUCUGGAGCCUUCUCCACGACUCUCACCUGUUGAAGAGUGCCUGGCUUUCCAAGAGCUCUGACCCAGUGGACGCCGGGACCGGGAGCCUUGGGAGAGCGCACACAGCCCCGCUGCAAAUCAGGGCCUCGGCCGCCGCCGACCCGCCGCUGGAGCACCGGCCGAACGACGUGGGUCACUGGGCGUCCGUCAGUGACCAGGACAAGCGGACAGUGCUGCAGGUGUUUGACCCGCUGGCGGAAACGUGAGCAGGACGCGUGGACGGCAGCUCUCCCGGAGGACGAGUGCCUUCCUCCCCGCGGCAUCUCUCCAGGGCGCAGCCCCGAGCCUUGGCCUCACCACUGCCCCCCACCCCCAGCGGCUCAAAAGAGACCUCUAUUUAAAGGCACACUGAAAACACAGUUGUCCUUCUGUCGCUCUUGUGUAGGUCACAGAAAUUGUGUCUAUUAUUCAACAAGAUGAUCGUUCAGCCACCAACACGUUUUAUUGCAGACGUGUGCAUUUUAGUUUCCUAGAAUCUGGUUAGAGUCAGCGUGUGGACUUGAGGAAAGGGAAUCUAGCUGAUCAUGUCCAAGAUGCGCGCUCUCGGUGGAUUUUAAGUGGUUUUUCAAUUUAUGUAUGUGGGGUUUUUAAAAUUCUUGUUUGUAUCUUACAGAUAUUGGGAAUAACUUCACGGUGAAACACCUGAAGGUUGAGCUAUAAAACUGAAAGGUGGCUGGGACCACUGAGAGCUGUAUACCUGGCCUGCUGAUACCAGGUUAUAAAAAAUAAUAAUAGUAAGAGUUGGACGCCCCCAAUAGAUCAACCAAAUAGCUAGACUAUACAUUCCUGUGAGCCCUUGUGUUUAUUUAUAUACAUGUAAACUGACCUUGAUCACGUGGGAGAUGGUGUCCUACACUGUCUGGGGUCAGAAGCACAUCCCAUUUGCUUACUCUGAUCUGAAACUGGCUGCAGACUCCUUCCUGCAUCGUGUCUGGAUAGUGCCUGCCGCGUACAGCACUACAGUCUUGAGCCCCCGUGUACAAGUUAAGCUGGUUUUUAUGUACUGGCUCUUCCCUAAGAGAGGAAGCCUGGUGGCUUCUUUCUCCCCUUACAUUCCAUACCAAGUAAAAGCACACACCGUGAAACCCCAUACUGGCACAGGAUACUGGUCCUCGUUACAUUAUGAAUAUGUAUUUUAGCCCGUCUGUCUGCCUGUGGCUUCAGGAAGGAGAAUGCCCCUGUCCGAUAAGAAACCCCAGGGCAGCAUUUUUGGGUUUGCUUAUCUAUCUAUUAGGUUUAUUGUUUUUGCCUAUACAUUUUUCUAUACAUUUGCAACACCACUUCUUGCCCUAGUCCGUCAUUUAGAACAGUAUCACCGUAUUAAUUUACAUUUUAAGAAUAAGGUUAUAAGGCAUAGAAUCCAUUUAGAGCAGAUACCAUAUUUUUGGUAACAAGAAAUUCACUGGUGAAAUCUUAGUGUGCCGCAUACCAUAUUUAGGAGUUUUUAAUGCCCUAGACUCCUACAGCAGUGAUUCUGUAUUAUCCCUAAUGUGACCGGAGAAUUCCUGCACUAAAUGCUCAUGGUUAGGAUGGCGAUAUUCAUCCUGUCUGGGGGAUACCACUCUCUUUUUACCUCUGGGCUUUCAGAAUUAUUUCUCAUUACCACUAUCAGGAUACACUGCAGAUUACUUAAAUUUGGUGCUCAAAACAAAAGCAAAACCACAAUUUCAUCUGAAAACUAGUAAGAGAGAGAGGUAUUAGUGACCCCCGGAGAUAAACAGAGCAUACAUGUAGCUUACCAGCGGUAAGAGGUGGUGUUUCUGGCCUUCGCUGAUGAGAACACUUUCUGUAGUCAGUACUUUAUGUCCUGUUACCUCUCAUACACACAAGUAAACAAUAUCAUUCUUGAAGAGUUAGGGGAAGAAAGAACACAAGAUGGGUCAGCGGCCCAGAGAAGUUAAAUGAUUUGCCAGGAAUCACUUUGCAACUAAGGAUAAAAUUGGGAAUGGAAUCAAAGACUUCUUAACUCAAAUGUUCUUUCCUCUGUCACCUCUUUUUCCCACCAAAAAGGAGGUAAAUUUGAAAAUAGGUGUAUAUAUCACAGCAGUGACUUGCAGUGCUGGAAAUUGACCUAAUUUUCAGGUUUCCUUUUUAUUCUAGAUGCAAGUAGUCAUAAGUGCAACAGAGAACAGAAGUUUAAUUCAGAAAGGUGCUCAUCACAUAGGUAGCUCUUAAGAGUCUGACAGGAAGUAUCAACACAGAAUUCUUUUGCCCUCAGGAGGCAGAUCACAAGAAAAAUUGUCAGUAGUUUAACAUAAAGAAUUGAACAAAUAUUAUGUGAUGAGAUGUUCAAAUUUAGUGAAUACCGUAGACUGAAUUUUGAGGCGAUCAUAGGUAAGGUUCACACACCAAUGUUCUCUUUAAAAAAAAAAAAGGACAAUUGGAGUUGCCUUAUUUAUUUUUUAGAUCAGUGCUUUGAGUUUGUAGGUUUCCCAGGUUCACGGCAGAGUUGGUUGAAUAAUCUGGACAAUGAGCAGCCACCACCCUGGGGAUUUCUUCCUGUGGGUUUUUUAUUUUCGGUCCUUCUCUGCUCCCAUAAAGGCCGUGCAGUUUCUUCGUUACUGCUCUGUAAGACGGUACAGGCCACUGCAGAGGAUUUGAGGCACAGACUUUACAAUGCAGCAGUGUCUCUGUGACCCCAGUUAUAUAAUAACUUUUCCAGCAUAAUCUUCUCUGAUUUCUUGCCUAUUUUUAAAGUUUGUUCCAGUAAAUGACUGAAAUUAGGACAUCUGCCCAAGCAAUUCCUGUGAAAGUUUAAAGUUGUUGAACUCAAGAUACAAUAAAAUUCUCCUGAUACACAGAAGUACAAGCAAAGUAAUGUGCUAAAAUAUUCACUUUAGAAUGAAGCAAUUUCUCAGAAAGCUGCAAAAAUUAUUGGGUGACUAGUGAUUAAUAAAAACCCUGUAAUGUUUGAAGUGAUAAUUUGUACUGCAAUUGUAAAAAAUGCCUAUUAAAUAUUUUGUUUUUUAA